AUGGCACAAAGCUUACGAUUGCACUUUGCAGCCAAAAGAAGCAAUACUUACCCUCUGUCAGAAACCUCCGGAGAUGAGCUGGAUAGCCAUGUUCACAUGUGCUUCAAAAAACCCACACGGAUUUCAACGUCUAACGUUGUUCAAAUGAAGCUGACUCCCAGACAGACAGCACUAGCUCCGUUAAUAAAAGAAAACGUUAAGUCUCAGGAAGGAGCGUCCGUGCCUUCAUCUGAAAAUGUGAAUAAAAAGAGCAGCUGUCUACAGAUUUCACUACAGCCAACAAGGUACGGUGGCUAUCUUCAGUCUCGCGGUGUCUUAGCUGACAGGGAUGACGCUUUGUUUCCCUGUGUCUCGAAGGAUGGCGUGGACACCGGCACUGGGGUUGUUCACGAACUGAGUGGUGUGAGUGACGGGGCCCUUGUGAGCAGUUCUGCCAUUCGUAGUGGUAGCCUGAGUAGCUUUUCCACCAGUGACCAUGGCUCUUACAGCAGCAACGGUAGUGAAUAUGGGUCGUGUGUAAGCCUCACGAGUGGAGGUUCAUACACCAACAGCGUGGUCAGUGACAGUAGUGGUUAUACUUUUCCACCAAGCGAUGAUCCUUUUUUUGGUGGAAAUUUAUCUUCGGACAGCACCUCCCACAGAAGUGUGCCAAACAGGAAUACUACUCCCUGUGAAGUUUUUUCAAGAAGCACAAGUACGGUUCCCUUUGUCCAAGAUGACUUGGAGCAUGGAAUAGAGAUUAUGAAACUGCCAGGGAGCAGGAAUGCAAAAAUUCCACUGAAACGUUGCUCUUCGUUGGUCAUUUUUCCUAGGAGUCCUUCAGAUACCCCCCCAACAUCUCCGACAACCACAGGCACUUUUCCGAGCAAAGGAGCAUAUCAAACUUCACACCAGUUCCUCGUUUCUCCUAGUGAAAUUGCACAGAAUGAAGAUGGUAGCGGUGCCAAGGGGUUUCUGUCCACAGCUGUCAAUGGACUGCGGUUAUCUAAAUCCGUCUGUACUCCUGGAGAAGUGAGAGACAUACGGCCCCUUCCCAGGAAGGGAUCAAUACAAAAGAAAAUUGUUAUUUCGAGUACUAGCCCAAAGCAGACUGUCUGUGAAAAGCCAUCGGAAGGAUAUUCUUGUGUGUCUGUGCAUUUCAGCCAGCAGAAAGCAACUGCAUUGGAUUGUGAAGCAGCAAGUGGUGAUCGUAAAGCAGAGCUAUCAGAAAUUAAACUGAAUUCUGAUUCAGAGUAUGUUAAACUCAUGCAUAGGACAUCUGCAUGUUUACCGUCCUCCCGAAAUGUCGAUUAUCAACUAAGUGUCAGUGGAGAGUUGGAAAGACCAAAUUCACAGAUAAACAAAAACGAUGCUGUUCUGCAAAGAAGUAUUUCAUUGGGAGGAAAUACUUACCCAAAUAUUUCCUGUUUAUCCAGUCUUAAACACAAUUGUUCUAAGGGGGGACCAUCUCAAUUACUCAUAAAGUUUGCGUCUGGAAAUGAAGGGAAAGUUGAUCAUUUAUCAAGAGACAGCAAUAGAGAUUUCACAAGUCAACUAUCUAAUUCUUGCAAGACAAGAGAUGAUUUCCUAGGUCAAGUGGAUGUUCCUCUUUAUCCAUUGCCGACAGAAAAUCCAAGAAUGGAGAGACCCUAUACAUUUAAGGAUUUUGUUCUUCACCCAAGAAGUCAAAGAUCAAGAGUUAAAGGUUAUCUGAGAUUAAAAAUGACUUAUUUACCUAAAACCAGUGGCUCAGAAGAAGAUAACACAGAACAGGCUGAGGAAUUAGAGCCUGGCUGGGUUGUUUUGGACCAACCAGAUGCUGCUUGCCACUUGCAGCCACAGCAAGAACCUUCUCCUCUACCUCCAGGAUGGGAAGAGAGGCAGGAUGUCCUGGGAAGGACCUACUACGCCAACCACGAAUCUCGGAGGACACAGUGGAAAAGACCCUCCCCUCAGGACAACCUAACAGAGGCCGAGGAUGGUAACAUGCAGCUACGAGCACAACGCGCAUUUACCACGAGGCGGCAAAUAUCCGAAGAGACAGAAAGUGCUGACAACCGAGAGUCUUCCGAGAACUGGGAAGUUAUAAGAGAAGAUGAAGCCAGCGUGUAUGGCAAUCAGGCCUUCCCAUCUCCUCCACCAAGUGGCUUGGAUGUUCAGGCCCAUCUUGCAGAGGAGCUGAAUACCAGAUUCACCAUUUGUGGAAACCCAGCCCCCAGCCAGCCAGUACCCAGCUCAAAUCAUUCCAGCAGAAGAGGCAGCUUACAAGCCUAUACCUUUGAGGAACAGCCUACACUUCCUGUGCUUUUGCCUACUUCAUCUGGAUUACCACCAGGUUGGGAAGAAAAACAAGACGAAAGAGGAAGAUCAUAUUAUGUAGAUCACAAUUCCAGAACUACUACCUGGACAAAGCCCAGUGUGCAGGUCGCAGUGGAGACCAGACAGCUGCCCCCCAGCCAGAGCUCGUCUGUAAGCCCUCAACCACAGGUCCUCUCAGGUGACUCGGCACAGCAGGUGACCCAGCCGGCUGAACUUGAGCAAGGAUUCCUUCCUAAGGGCUGGGAAGUCCGGCAUGCACCAAACGGGAGGCCUUUCUUUAUUGACCACAACACCAAAACCACCACCUGGGAAGAUCCAAGAUUGAAGAUUCCAGCUCAUCUGAGAGGAAAGACACCACUUGAUUCUUCUAAUGAUCUAGGACCUUUACCUCCAGGCUGGGAAGAGAGGACUCACACAGAUGGAAGAAUCUUCUACAUAAACCACAAUAUAAAAAGGACACAGUGGGAAGACCCUCGGUUGCAGAAUGUCGCAAUUACUGGACCAGCAGUGCCCUACUCCAGGGAUUACAAAAGAAAGUAUGAGUUCUUCCGAAGAAAGCUGAAGAAGCAGAAUGACAUUCCAAACAAAUUUGAAAUGAAACUUCGCCGUGCAACUGUUCUUGAGGACUCUUACCGGAGAAUUAUGGGAGUCAAGAGAGCAGACUUUCUCAAGGCUCGGCUGUGGAUUGAGUUCGACGGUGAAAAGGGGUUAGAUUAUGGAGGAGUCGCCAGAGAAUGGUUCUUCCUGAUCUCGAAGGAAAUGUUUAACCCUUAUUAUGGGUUGUUCGAAUAUUCUGCUACGGAUAAUUAUACCCUACAGAUCAAUCCGAACUCAGGAUUGUGUAAUGAAGAUCACCUCUCUUACUUCAAGUUCAUUGGUCGAGUAGCUGGAAUGGCAGUUUACCAUGGCAAACUAUUGGAUGGUUUUUUCAUCCGCCCGUUUUAUAAGAUGAUGCUACACAAACCAAUAACGCUUCAUGAUAUGGAAUCAGUGGAUAGCGAAUAUUACAAUUCACUAAGAUGGAUUCUUGAAAAUGAUCCGACAGAAUUGGACCUCAGAUUCAUCAUAGAUGAAGAGCUUUUUGGACAGACACAUCAACAUGAGUUGAAAAAUGGUGGAUCAGAAAUAGUUGUCACCAAUAAGAACAAAAAGGAAUAUAUUUAUCUUGUAAUCCAAUGGCGAUUUGUAAACCGAAUCCAGAAGCAAAUGGCUGCUUUUAAAGAGGGAUUUUUUGAACUCAUACCACAAGAUCUCAUCAAAAUUUUUGACGAAAAUGAACUAGAGCUUCUUAUGUGUGGGUUGGGAGACGUGGAUGUGAACGACUGGAAACAACACACAAAGUAUAAAAAUGGCUACAGUGUGAACCAUCAGGUCAUGCAGUGGUUUUGGAAGGCUGUUUUAAUGAUGGAUUCAGAAAAAAGGAUAAGAUUGCUUCAGUUUGUCACUGGCACAUCUCGCGUGCCCAUGAAUGGAUUUGCUGAACUAUAUGGCUCCAACGGACCCCAGUCAUUUACAGUUGAACAGUGGGGUACCCCUGAAAAGCUGCCAAGAGCUCACACCUGCUUUAAUCGCUUGGACUUGCCACCCUAUGAAUCAUUUGAAGAAUUAUGGGAUAAACUUCAGAUGGCAAUUGAAAACACUCAGGGCUUUGAUGGCGUUGAUUAAAUCCCAAGUCCCAGCCUUCGUUGUCUUACUGCCACCAUCUAACAAGCAAAAUCUUGACUUCAGAUUGUCCAGGGAACUACUAAAACCUGGCCACUGACUCCUCCCAGAUAUUGGAUACAAUCCUCUAAAAGUACUAGAAGAGACGUAGGAUGGCAACCUACCAUUCUUUCGGUCACUUUUAAAUGGCAUGUGCCUUGACACAGUUCAUUCUGUCUUUAGAGUUCACACCGUAGGAUGCAGGACUGUGCCUGAAAUAGCGAGCUCUGUCCUUCACACUUACCUCUUUUAUCGUAUUCGCCAGGCAGAUCUUUCUUAAACUACUGAAAUUAUAACUGUGAAAUAUUUGUGAUAAGUGUCAUGUGUGAAAAGUUUGAUGCUUUUUGAGAAGGAAAACUGAAAUUUGGGGGGGGGAAAUACCGUAAUGUUGAGUUAACUGCGAUCUUUAGUGAUAUUUGCAGCUAUUUAUUAUUUUGUAGACUUGCCUAAUGCACCU